AUGGAAUUUUCGCUACCUCCACGACAAGAGCUUCUCACCUCACGGGGCUACCGUUAUUCGUAUGUGCAUAUCCCGAGCUCAAUAAUCGCCAAACCUACUCUGCUAUUAAUUCACGGCUGGCCAUCUCAUAUCGACGACUGGGUCUUCCAGAUACGUUAUUUCACUGCUAGAGGUCAUGGCAUCAUUGUUCCAGAUAUGCUUGGCUACGGCGAUAGCAGCGCACCAUCGGAUGCCAGCGCAUACCGUCUUAGUCUGAUUGCCCGUGACCUGGGUGAGCUUCUUGACCAAGAGCAGUUGCAGAGGGUGGUGGGUGUUGGUCACGACUGGGGUGCGACGAUCCUCUCCCGCUUUGCCAUGUAUAACCCUGAACGUCUGUCGGCUCUGGCUUUCUUGGGGAUCGGGGCUUCCAGGCCGGGAACCAUGUUCGACCUUGAUGCUAUCAACGAAAUGACCAAGAAGGCGACGGGAUCUGAGAUGCUGGGAUAUGUCGCGUACAUCAGCCGCAACCCCGACUCUCAUUGCGCUAUGGAGCGUAACUCCGAGUCCGUCAUGAGUGUCCUCUUUGCCGCGGAUCCAGAGUGCUGGAACCGUCACCUACGCCCCUUUCAUGGGUUCAAGUCGCUUGUCCAAGACGGUGGCGGCCAGGUCAUGGGGGAUUGGUUUCCGCGGGAACUGCGCGAGAGGCACCUGAGUGUUUUUGGGAGAAAGGACGGCUAUCUGGGCGCUUCCCAGUACUACAAGAUGCUCGAUCAGAAUCUGUCAGUACCCGAUGAAGAGCACUUGGUGGACUUUACGAUUGAACAACCCGUGUUGCUUGUAAUACCAAGAGAGCCCGCUGAAUCAAGCCAGAUGCAGUCCCAGAUGCUCUUUGCUUGGGUUUCAGAAAUGAAUGUAGUACAGGUUGACUCUGGUCAUUGGGUGCACAUGGAGAAAAGCGCAGAGACAAAUAUUGCGUUGGAAGAGUUCUUGGUAAAACAUACCGAAAGACAGAGAGCUAGCUUCUAG